AAAUAUAUGUACCACACAUGUAUUUGUAAAAGUGACAAUACACUGUCCUUGAUUCCUUCAUGGGGAAUAUAUUUUGUGUGACAGAAUUGAUGUGCAUUAUUAAGAACUUAUUUUGAAAUACAGUAAAAGUGGUAUACGUGAAUUUUAAGUUUACUUAACUCUGUGCAGGAUUCCAUCGGUUGUGACAGUCAAAUUAAACUUUUUCAACUAACGGGGAAAGACAACAUACACAUUGAAUUGGAAUGAUAAUGUGGUCGGGAGAAAGGCAUUUUGAGUUGAAUACGUUCUAAAUAUCCACUCGUGCCAACAAAACUGUAAAAUUCAACAUGAACACUGAAUCCAGUCACUUUAAAUCGAAAGAUUUUGCAAUUAGGGCACAAAAGAAGAUCCUUAGUCAAUUUUCAAGCAGGAAAACGGCUAAGGUUUUUAUUAGCGAGAACUUGUCGACCUUACUGGAUUUGUUGUAUCAACUUGUCAAAACUCAUACAAGUGAUAAAAAAGUAGCGGAAAAGUUUGUCAAGAAUCUCAUCAAAUUGUCAAUAAAGAUUGGAAUUUUGACGCAAAAUGAGCAAUUCUCUCCGGAAGAAGUGAAAAUUGCAAGUAAUUUUGCUGAAAAAUUUCGAACCAUAGCCAUGACUAUUGCUAGUUUUUCCGAGGUGGACUUUUCGUAUGAUCAAAAGUUCCUUCUUUCUGCUAUUGAUCACUGUGAGCUUCAAAUUACAAGCCUCGUAAAAAACCAUUUAACAGAAAAAUCUAUCAAUCGGAUCAAUUUUCUUGCAACACAAUUAAGAGAUCCUGCACUUCUCGAUGCUGCAUUCAAUAAAGGGACCCAACAAAAUCAAAUAAUGGUCAAAAUUGUGGAUGAAAUAAAUGUAGCAUUGGACAGAGGAGACUUGUAACAGUGAAAAAUGUGAUUUUAACAAUUCAUUAUUAGAGUCAUAAAUUUAGGUUUAUUUCUCGUGUUAUUCAUUACCUAAAUUGUUUAUUUGUUUUGUUUUCGUGGGAGUUCUCCUCCUUCUAAACAGCUUAACUUACUCUAGUUUACAGUAUUAUAACGAUACGCAUAAACAAAGUAUGUACAGCUUCAUAACGCCACGAAUACAUCGUGAUUACAUAUUUAUGAUAAUUAUUGUACACAAAGAAAUGUAUUGUACUUGGCUUGGAUAAUUACAUUUAAUAAAAAGUUAGAAAUUGAAAGCUG